AUGCAGAUAACUUUACCUGUGGUACAGGAAGUCAUGGGCUUAAUCCCAAUCACUGGUGCUGGGCUGAAGGCUGCGAUCAGUGGAUUUCUGGCUGUUCUUAAAGAUAUAGAUCAACAUGCCCAGAACAAAGCUGGCUUGAGUGCUCUCACUUGUCUGUUGUAUGAUCUCAGCUGCCAUUUGAUCAAUGCCCCAACUGCUUGGACUCCCAGUGAAACAGCAGGUUCUCAUCCCAAAUGGACACUCAAGCUGUGGUCGAUGCAACAGGACGGGAACACAACAUGUUACUUGAUCAGUGUAACUCCUUCAAUUGACUGGUUGCCUUUCCUGCCCAGCAUUCUCAACCAAUGUCAGCCAGAUGAAGCUCAGAUCCAACAGUGGUAUAUUAACAGGGGUCAAUAUGAUUUCAUGAUCAACAAUGGCAUGAAUAUAACCAAACUGAUAAGGGAAUGUGAUGCUUGGACAGCUAUUCAGCCAGGGACUAAGAUUGUCAUGAGGGUUAUUAUGGAAGAAGUUGUCAGGAUGUUUUCUGCAAGGUGUCAAUGCUGCUGUGGAACUGGGAACAAGUUGGAGGUUGACAUGGCCACAGUCUUGAAUGCAUUUAAAAAUGGUUGGGCCAUGACAUGGUAUCUAGUUUCCUUCUACAGCAUGGCAGGGGCUUAUGAUGGACUGGAAGCUACCACUGCCAGUGACAAUUUCAGGUUAUAA